AUGUUUACCAAUGACAAAGAGAUCAUUGGUGACGUUUCUCAACUGCUGCACAAGAGCGAGCCCAACAACAGCGAGACUUCGGAAUGGAUCCCGUCAGAUGACAGGAACCCCGAAGAAGCUACCCGCUUUCUAAACUCAGAAAAUGGGGAUCAAGACGGGAAGGAUGAUGUAGAGGCUGCCGCCGAUCUUCACCCCAGGCAACAAGAAACAUUCCUAUCUGAGUUGGAGGGCACCGAACCCUUCAACCCAAUUCUGUGGUCUUCUAGGAAGCGUUGGGCUCACAUUCUGGUGGUUGCCUUCAUAACUUGCGUCACUCCCCUAGCCUCCGCCGUCUACACACCCGCCCUGGACCAGGUGAUCCGCGACUUCAACAUUGAAGACAACCCUUCGCUGGCGCACAUGACCGUGUCGGCCUACGUGCUGGGAUUCUCGGCCGGUCCACUGCUGAUUGCUCCGCUGAGCGAAGUGCUAGGAAAGAAGCCAGUGUACCAAGCUAGCAAUGUGCUUCUGCUAGCGUGUAAUCUGGGGUGUAUGCUUGCGCCUUCUGCUAAAUGGCUGGUGUUUUUUCGGUUCCUGGCUGGUUGCGCCGGUGCCAGCCCAAUCACCCAGGGUUCCGGGACCGCGACAGAUGUCAUGAAGAAACAUGAACGUGCCCGCGCACUGUCGGUAAUGGCAUUCGGUAGUGUGUGUAGCCCUGCAGUUGGUUCCGCUCUCGGGGGCGGAAUUGCCCAGAUCUGGGGUUGGAGAGGUUGCUUUGGGUUUCUGGCUUUCAUGUGUUUUGUCAGUAUCUGCCUCACCCAAUGGCUGAUGUGUGAGACAUAUCUGCCUGUACUUCGGCGAAAAUAUGCUACGGUAGGUGUUGCUAGCGAGGUCGAAGAUGAGAUGAGGGAUGGGAAACCCCCUGCCGUCCAGCCUUUGAGGUCGCUGUUCUACAAGGCAGCGAUUCGGCCAUUGACUUUGGCCUUCGAGCCAAGCAUCUUGCCGGCAAUCAUGGUGACAUCCUUCUUCUAUGGGCUUCAAGUUUGGCUGUAUAUCGACGUCCCAAUGACCUACAAGAAGGUGUAUGACUUCGACACUGCAGAGGCAGGACUGGCCUUCGCAGGAAUGGGAGUCGGUAUGUUUACUGGUCUCCUUAUAUUCGGCUUUCUCAGCGAUGUUGUAGUGUCAAGACUCGCACGAGGGGGAGAGAGGCUUCCUGAACACCGCCUUCCACUGCUUAACGGCGCAGCUUUCUUGGUCAUCUCUGGGCUCAUCAUCUAUAACAUGGCCGCUCGAUCGGGCGUAUCAUACCUUUUGCCUUUGUUGGGUAACUAUAUCAUCGGCAGUGGACUGUUUGCUAUAACUAUGACAUCGGCUGUGUACGUCAUCGACCUCUCACCGCAGCAUGCCGUGGCGACGGGCGCCUCGAUUGCCCUUCUGAGAUAUCCCUCAGGGGCACUUUUCCCCCUCGCAGAGCAUGCCUUUGAGAGUGCUACAAGCAACAGCAGUGCGAAGUGGCUCAUAACAGCCGCGGCUGCUUCGACAGUGCCACUCGUGGUAUGGCUUCAGUACAACUGCGAGAGAUUCCGAAUUGAUACCCAUCUACGCACGAGCUCUAAGGUUCGAGGUAGCACUGCACAUCCGGGACUUCUCAUUGACCUUGAUCGACCAUCAACAGGCCUUCGGGAACGGGGAGGGAGCUCCGCCGACAGCGAUACCCACGCGAUCGCCAGCAGCGAGAGUUACGAGCUUGCGGACUACAAGCUCAUUGCCUUGCGCAAGACUGCGGAGGACCGGGAGGCCCGCCGAGAACAAAAGAGACUUUGGAAGAGACGGUGGCUCGACGAGCAAGACGACAUGAAGUUCUCACACAGCAUCCAGUUUAAUGCUGUUCCGGACUGGAGCAGCCAUUACAUUGCCUAUAGCAAUCUCAAGAAGCUGAUCUACCAGCUCGAGAAGACCGUUCACCAAACAACCUCAGGCGACGCCGAGUCUAGACCUCUUAUAAGGAAUGAAGAACCCGAAGAGGUCUUCAGUCGCGCGCUUGGCGUAGAGCUGGAGAAGAUCUGCUCCUUCUACGUAGCUAAGGAAGGCGAACUUCUCGACGAGGUGAACCAACUCCUGGGUGACGUCGGUAACUUUUCAUCUGAAGAGGAGGAAAACGGCGAGACCAGACAGUCCUUCAGCAGUGGGACUCGACCUGGUAUGCCAGGUACCAAUGGUAGAAGAUCUGAAUCUAUUGAUGGCAACAUGGAAGACAGCGAUGACGAUGAGGACGACGACGAGACAACCGGCUUGACAAAAAGCCGAUCCAAUCUUGGCAUUGGCAGGCGCAAGACAACUCCCAACCUUGGUCAGUCCGUGACUGAGCUGACAGCAUCAACCGAGUUGACGCUGGGAAGAUCGCUGCGCAGGUAUAGCACCACGCAAGAUGAGAUGCCGCACCAGUCUUUCCUUUAUUCGUCAAGCAUCAUGCUCAAGAAGCGUAUCAUCAGCCUCUAUGUUCAGCUCUGUGAGCUCAAGUCAUAUGCUCAGCUGAACAGAACUGGUUUCCGGAAAGUUCUGAAGAAAUUUGACAAGAUCUUGGACAAGGAGUUGCGGCCUAAGUACAUGGAAACCCAUGUCGAUACAGCCUACCCUUUCAAGGUGGAGAACAUUAAAGUAAUAGAGGAAAACAUUGCCAAGAUGGAGAAGGCAUAUGCAGAAAUCGUUACCCAAGGUGAUGAGAAUCUUGCCAAGAGGGACCUCAGGUCUCACCUUCGAGAGCAUGUUGUAUGGGAGCGCAACACCGUUUGGAGAGACAUGAUCGGUAUGGAGCGUCGUGCAGAGGCUGCAAGCUUGGGCAGAACACUGCUGGGUAGAGAUGGCUUGUCAGGUGCGCGGCGACUCCAGGGCGAUGAUGAACUCACCCCCGUAACCAAGGAGGUUGUGACCCCCAUUGGCCGCUUCGUGGUCCCGACAUGGGUAGCCAGCACUCCUCUCCUUACUCUCCUGAUCGCCAUCACCGUCUUCCUCCUGCUUCUUUUCAUACCUAUUAUGGAGAAGCCUGAACAACAGAACUGCUUGGCGUUGAUUGUGUUUGUCAGCAUUCUUUGGGCUACUGAGGCUAUUCCACUGUUCGUGACGUCGCUUAUGAUACCCUUUCUUUGCGUUGUCUUGACUGUUGUCCGCUCCGAGGAUAAACCCCACCGGAGACUGGACUCGAAGGCUGCGACGUCCUACAUCUUCUCGGCCAUGUGGACACCCGUCAUCAUGCUUCUCCUCGGUGGCUUCACUUUGGCAGCGGCGCUGUCCAAAUGCAAGAUUGACAAGCGCCUUGCGACAUUCGUGCUCAGCAAGGCCGGAACCACGCCUCGCACUGUUCUCAUUGCCAAUAUGUUGGUCGCUGCUUUCGCGAGUAUGCUGAUCAGCAAUGUUGCUGCUCCAGUGCUGUGCUUUUCAAUCAUCGAGCCAAUGUUGCGCACGCUGCCCUCCGAGUCAAAUAUGUCUAAAGCAGUCAUCAUGGGCAUUGCACUUGCCUCCAACAUUGGUGGUAUGCUGUCGCCCAUUGCAUCACCUCAAAACGUGGUCGCUAUCGGCAUCAUGCAACCGGCCCCCACCUGGAUCCAGUGGUUUUUCAUUGUCAUCCCUGUUGGCACCGUCUCGUUGCUUCUCAUCUGGGUUCUGUUGUUGAUUACCUUCCAACCAAGCAAGGGGACUACUAUUGCUCCAAUUCGCCCGGUCAAGGAGAAGUUCACGGGGAUUCAAUGGUUCGUCUCGAUCGUGACAAUUGUUACAAUUGGUCUCUGGUGUGCCAGCCACCAGUUGGAGGGUGUCUUUGGCGACAUGGGUGUUAUUGCCAUCAUUCCCAUCGUUUUAUUCUUUGGCAUCGGCAUUCUGACCAAGGAGGAUUUCAAUAACUUCCCUUGGACGAUCAUCAUUCUUGCUGCCGGAGGUUUGGCCCUCGGUAAGGCUGUGAAGUCGUCCGGCCUGCUGCACACCAUUGCCGACGUGGUCACCAAGCAGGUUGACGGCAUGAGUCUCUAUGGGGUGCUUGUCGUCUUUUCGACGCUCAUCCUCAUCAUUGCUACCUUCAUCAGCCACACUGUUGCAGCUCUUAUCAUCUUGCCACUCGUAUACGAUGUAGGCGCCAACAUGGAAGAGCCUCACCCCAACCUGCUUGUCAUGGCUGGUGUCUUGAUGUGCAGCGCUGCCAUGGGUCUGCCUACGAGUGGAUUCCCGAACAUGACUGCUAUCAUGAAGGAAGAUCCAACCGGACAGAGAUACCUCCAAGUGAAACAUUUCAUCAGCCGAGGUGUCCCGAGCAGUGUUCUCUCGUUGAUCGUCGUGAUUUCAAUGGGCUACGGACUUAUGAGGGUGGCCGGAUUAGAUUAA